AUGGGAGUUGUUAUGCAUCAAAGGAAAUAUGCUCUUGAGCUUAUUUCUAAAACUGGCUUGUCUGCAUCAAAACCAGAAGGGAUACCUAUAGAUAUCAAUGCCAAGUUCACAACAAAAAAAUACGAUGAGGCAAUAAGUCAAAAACAACAACAAGUGGUGAAAGAUCCUGUAACUGAUCAAGUUGCAUAUCAAAAAUUGAUUGGUAAGUUGCUCUAUUUAACCGUGAUCAGGCCAUAUAUUGCAUUUGGAGUACAAACAUUGAGUCAGUUCCUACAACUUCCAAAGAAUUCACAUAUGGAUGAUGCUUUAAGGAUUGUGAAGUAUUUAAAGAAACAACAUGGACAAGGUGUUCUAUUAUCAAGCAAUUCAAACAGAAAAGUGUCAGCCUACUGUGAUGCAGACUGGGCUGGUUGUCCCAUUACUAGAAAGUCUGUGACAGGUUUUAUUAUCAAAGUUGGAGAUUCACUUAUAUCUUGGAAGGCUAAGAAACAAACAACAGUUUCUAGGGGCUCAGCAGAAUCAGAAUACAGAAGUUUGGCAACUACUGUAUCAGAACUGGUUUGGCUGACUGGGAUUUUGAAAGAUGUAGAUGCAGAUUUCAGUCUACCUAUUGAAGUUUAUAGUGAUAGCAAAGCAACUAUCCAAAUAGCUGCUAAUCCUGUAUAUCGUGAGAGGACUAAGCGCAUAGAGAUUGAUUGUCACUUUGCUAGAGAAAAGCUGCAAUAA